UCCAUUUUGACAUUAGUACGAGCGGUGUGGUGAACUUGUGAUUAAUUUUCCUUUCUUGGUGUGAAUCGUUAAAAAGCGUGAAAAUGGUUUCCUUGAAUCCAGUUAGGAUAUUGAAAAAUGAGGCUGAGGAAGACAAGGCCGAAUUGGCUCGUAUGUCCAGUUUCAUUGGUGCAAUUGCCAUUGGAGAAUUGGUCAAGAGUACCCUAGGACCAAAAGGAAUGGAUAAAAUUCUGAUCUCAUCUGGCCGCAGUUAUGGACAGGUUGAAGUGACCAAUGAUGGAGCCACCAUCUUAAAGUCUGUGGGUGUUGACAACCCUGCUGCUAAAAUCUUGGUGGACAUGUCGAAAGUUCAAGAUGAUGAAGUUGGUGAUGGAACCACAUCUGUUACAGUACUGGCAUCUGAGUUGCUGAAAGAAGCUGAAAAAUUGGUGGAACAAAAGAUUCAUCCUCAGGUCAUUAUUGCUGGAUGGAGGAAGGCUGUUGAUGUAGCCAGGAAAGCUCUGAGGGAUUUUUCAAUGGACAACAGUGCUGAUUCUGAAAGGUUCAGGGAAGAUUUGAUGAACAUUGCCAGAACUACUUUGAGCUCGAAAAUUCUUUCACAACACAAAGAAUAUUUCUCCAAACUGGCUGUAGAUGCCAUUUUGAGGUUGAAGGGAUCAGGAGAGCUCUCAGCCAUUCAAAUUAUCAAGAAGAAGGGUGGCACCUUAGAAGAAUCCUUUUUGGAUGAAGGUUUCUUGUUGGACAAGAAAGUUGGUGUGCAUCAACCAAAGAGAAUUGAAAAUGCAAAGAUUUUGAUUGCAAACACCCCUAUGGACACUGAUAAGAUUAAAGUUUUUGGAAGUCACAUUAAGGUUGAUUCAAUGGCGAAGAUUGCUGAACUGGAAUCAGCAGAAAAGGAAAAGAUGAAGGACAAGGUUGGCAAAAUCUUGAAGCAUAACUGCAACGUCUUUAUUAACCGUCAAUUGAUCUACAAUUACCCCGAACAAUUGUUUGCUGAUGCUGGAGUUGCGGCCAUUGAACAUGCCGAUUUCGAUGGAAUCGAAAGAUUGGCUUUGGUAACUGGAGGUGAAAUCGUUUCCACUUUUGAUAAUCCAGAAUUGGUCAAAUUGGGAACCUGCGAUGUUAUCGAAGAAAUCAUGAUUGGUGAAGAUCUCUUGCUGAGAUUCUCCGGCGUCGCCCUUGGUGAAGCCUGCACCAUCGUGAUUCGCGGUGCUACUCAACAAAUUAUCGAUGAAGCUGAUAGGUCGUUGCAUGAUGCCUUGUGCGUUUUAGCCGCUACAGUCAAAGAAUCUCGCAUCGUCUACGGAGGUGGAUGCAGCGAGAUGCUGAUGGCCGUCGCUGUUCAAGAAGCUGCCGCCAAGACACCGGGCAAAGAAGCCGUAGCAAUGGAAGCGUUCGCAAGAGCUUUGCAACAGCUGCCAACUAUCAUCGCCGAUAAUGCCGGAUACGAUUCAGCGGAAUUAGUCAGCGAGUUGAGGGCUGCACACGCCAACGACUCCAAGAGCACCAAAGGUUUGAACAUGGACAAGGGAGAAGUUGGUGACAUGAAGACGUUAGGUAUCACCGAAUCCUUCGUAGUUAAAAGACAGGUCUUGCUGUCAGCUUCAGAAGCCGCCGAGAUGAUUCUUCGCGUGGAUAACAUUAUUAAGGCCGCACCCAGAAGGCGUGUAGAAGACAGAGGACACUGCUGAAGCGUCUUUAUGAUAAUUUUUUUCGUUCGCAUUUGAAACUCAUCUCAUUUUUUAAAAUCACUUAUAAAAUAUAAAGCAAGAAAUAAAAUAAAAACACUAAUCACUUAAUACUA